CGGACGGUGCUGUGUCUCCCUCCGCUUUAUCCUAAUUUAGUCUGAGGAGAGAAGACCCGCUCCCGGCGCUUCAAGGAUACAGUUGUUUCUUUUAAGGCUUUCUGCUCCCUCUUUCGACUUAAAUACAUGGUAACAUUUAUGCUUUCAUCGUCCAAGUGGAAGUUGAGUGGCAUGAAGAUUCGGAGGAAGCUUUGAGUCCUCGGAGGAGAAAGUGUCCGGCGGUGCCAACAGGGCAGACAGCCGCUGCUCUCAGUGCUUCUGUGUAGCGGGACAUCACAGGGAGCUGGACAGCUCGCUCUUUGCUCCUGUAUGUCGCAUCGGAUAUAACAGCACAGCGGCGAGAUGGAUCUGAAGCUGAUCUUCAUUGCAUUUAUAGGACUCUUUUACUGCUGUAACUCUCAGAAAGAGGGGAACGAGUGCAUCAACAAAAAUGCCAAACACUGCGGAGAGUGCAUCCAGGCCGGAGCCAAAUGUGGCUGGUGUACAGACCCGGACUUCCUGAAACAGGGCGAGACCGUGUCGAGCCGGUGUGACGAGCUGCAGUCUCUGAUAAAACGGGGCUGCAACGAGACAUUGAUCGAGAACCCGCUGGGAAAACGGACGAUUCUCAAGAACAAUCCAGUGACCGAUCGCAGCAAAGCCAAAGCCAAAGCUGAAACUGAAAACCAGAAACUGAAACCAGAGGAAAUCACCCAGGUCCAGCCCCAAAAAGUCAGCCUCACCCUCCGAUCUGGUGAGCCACAGUCCUUUGAGUUGAAGUUUAAGCGUGCAGAGGAUUACCCCAUUGACCUGUACUACUUGAUGGACCUGUCCUACUCCAUGAAGGACGAUCUGGAGAACGUAAAGAACCUGGGGACCAGUCUGAUGAAUGAGAUGUCAAAGAUCACAUCCGACUUCAAGAUAGGUUUUGGCUCCUUUGUGGAGAAGACAGUCAUGCCUUACAUCAGCACCACUCCAGCCAAGCUGCUGAAUCCAUGCACAGGUGACCAGAACUGCACCAGCCCAUUCAGCUACAAGAACGUGCUGCCGCUGACCAACAAUGGCGCCACUUUCAACACUCUGGUGGGGGAGCAGCAGAUCUCGGGGAACCUGGACUCCCCCGAGGGCGGCUUCGACGCCAUCAUGCAAGUGGCCGUGUGUGGGAAACAGAUUGGCUGGAGGAACGUAACUCGCCUACUGGUGUUUUCCACUGACGCCGGAUUCCACUUUGCUGGCGACGGCAAGCUGGGUGGCAUUGUGCUGCCCAACGACGGGAAAUGCCACCUAGAGAACAACAUCUACACCAUGAGCCACUACUAUGACUACCCCUCGAUCGCUCACCUGGUUCAGAAGCUGAGUGACAACAACAUUCAGACUAUUUUUGCCGUCACAGAAGAGUUCCAGCCCGUUUAUCAGGAACUGAAAAAUCUAAUACCAAAGUCUGCAGUAGGCACUCUGUCUGCCAACUCGAGCAACGUCAUCAACCUCAUCAUAGAUGCUUACAAUGCUCUUUCCUCCGAAGUGAUUCUGGAGAACACCAAAGUUUCAAACAACGUGACAAUCGAGUACACGUCUCGCUGUAAGAACGGAGUAAUCAAUAAGGGCGAAAAUGGAAGGAAGUGCUCCAACAUCUCCAUUGGAGAUGAGGUCCACUUUAACAUCAGCAUCACCUCUAAAGGUUGUCCAAACAAUACCAGUCCUGAGAUUAUCAAGAUAAAGCCCCUGGGAUUCACAGAGGAGGUGGAGAUUAUCCUCCACUUCAUCUGCGAGUGCGACUGCCACAGCGAAGCCGUCAACAACAGCCAGGUCUGCAGCAACGGGAACGGGACCUACGAGUGCGGAGCCUGCAGGUGCAAAGAGGGCCGCGUGGGCAGGGAGUGCGAGUGCAGCAGCAACGAAGUGUCCACGGAGGACAUGGACCGGACCUGCCGCAAGGACAACGGCACGGACAUCUGCAGCAACAACGGGGAAUGCGUGUGCGGCACCUGCGAGUGCAAGGCCAGGGAGAACCCGGAGGAGAGGUACAGCGGGCAGUUCUGCGAGUGUGACAACUUCAACUGCGACCGCUCUGGAAACAAGCUCUGUGGAGGACACGGGCGCUGCGAGUGCAGGAAGUGCAUCUGUGACCCCAUGUGGAACGGAACUGCCUGCGACUGUUCCCUGGACGAGAGCACGUGUUUGGCCAGCAACAAGCAGAUCUGCAACGGCAGGGGACGCUGCGAAUGCGGCGUCUGCAAGUGCGACGACCUCAAAUUCCAGGGCCCAAAGUGCGAAAUGUGUCCCACCUGUCCUUCAGCCUGUGCUGAACACAAAGAUUGCGUGGAGUGCCGGAUGUUUCUUACCGGGGUGAAGAAAGACGUAUGUGAGGAGGAAUGCAAUUACUUCACCAUGCGUAAAGUGGACACCAAAGACAAGUUUCCCCAGCCCACUGACAAAUCCUACCCCCUCACGCACUGCAAGGAGAAGGACGCCAACGACUGCUGGAUCUACUACGUGUACACCGUCACCAACAGCUCGGAGAAGGUGGUCUACGUGUUGGAUAAACCGGACUGCCCCAAGGGCCCGGAUCUCAUCCCGAUCGUCGCGGGCGUAGUCGCCGGCAUCGUCCUGAUCGGCUUGGCGCUGCUGCUCAUCUGGAAGCUGCUGAUGAUCAUCCACGACAGGAGGGAGUUCGCCAAGUUCGAGAAGGAGAAGAUGAACGCCAAGUGGGAUACGCAAGAAAACCCAAUUUACAAGAGUCCAAUCAAUCAGUUCCAGAACCCGAACUAUGGACGUAAAGGCGCUGUCCUUUGAGGUGAAAAUCCAAUCUACAAAAGUGCUGUCACAACUGUGGUCAAUCCGAAGUACGAGGGCAAAUGAUGGCCCUGGGGUCCUUCCUGAACUCUGACACCAUCUCUGCAACAGCUGCAGUCAUACACCAGCCGGUCCGGCGUCCGGCGGGAGCGAGUGGCGGAAAAUUUGUGCGUUCGUCUUUGUUGCUUCGUCGUAGCAUUGUAUCACUCAGCCACUGCGUCCUGUUUGUUGUUACUAACACGUACAAUUUAUACCCCAAGUGUCGUAUUUUUGAUGUACAGUAUGCGGUC